AUGUCUUCACCGGUCUUGAACCAUGAGCUGGACGAUGCUGGCGAAUGGAUCGCCAAUCAUGUCGCGGCAGACACCACCACGACCGUUCAUUUCGAUCUGGAAUGUGCUGGUCGAAUCACAAAAUUGGCGCAGUUGCAAUCGAAGGGCAACGAGCUGGCUCGCCCAUGGUUCACAGCAGUGGUACGGUGA